AUGAGAGUCGCUCUGUCCUCUCUCUUCGAGCUGGGAAGUAGGCUUGGCCGCCUCCUGUUCUGUGUGGUGGUGGUCGUCCUCCGCGCUAGUCUUCUAAACCAAAUGUCAACAGGAAGGACUAGUAAGCAAGGAGAUGGUGAAGAUAGCCGAGCUCAAUCCGUUCCGACGGAAAAUAUGGGGGCGAAGUUUGGCACGAGAAUGGACCGUGGUGUUAAGCGGGGCCUUCGUGCGACCUUACGCCCUACAAGUUCUGUGCGAAGUGGUAAAAAACGUAAACAUAGGGAUGGGAAUGGUGAGAUAUCCAGUGUCCCCAAGAAACAUAGGGUUUCUAAAAUUAAAGGAUGGCGAUUUUGGUUACCAUCGCCGUCGGAUUUGGAGAAGGAAGUAUCAUCGCACGCCAGUGUGGAUGGUGGUUGGUUGAGAGUGCUUGAGCAGAGAGUUUAUGCAAAAUAUACAACAAGAAAAUUUAGUUGA